AUGGAAACACAGUCAUACACGUUCACACACUCGCUGUCUCGGGGCCGGGAGGAGUCAGGUGUGCAUCUGGGCCCAGCUUUCAUCUUUCUGAGAGGGAAGAAUAUUGAGCGGAAGCUUGUAGCUGAAGAGAUAGAAGAGUUGCGACAGGCCUUUAGCGAGUUUGAUAAGGAUAAGGAUGGGCUCAUCAGCUGUAAAGACUUGGGCAACCUGAUGCGGACUAUGGGAUACAUGCCCACUGAGAUGGAGCUGAUCGAACUCAGCCAGAACAUCAACAUGAACCUGGGAGGCCAAGUAGACUUUGAGGAUUUUGUGGAACUCAUGGCUCCUAAGCUCUUAGCAGAAACGGCUGGAAUGAUUGGUCUAAAGGAGCUGAAGGACGCAUUCAGAGAGUUUGACAUGGACGGUGAUGGCGCCAUCACUAUUGAUGAGCUGAGGCAUGCUAUGAAGAAGCUGCUUGGGGAAAACACUAACAGGAAAGAGAUUGAAGCUGUGGUGAGAGAGGCUGAUAAUAAUGGAGAUGGAACAGUAGACUUUGAAGAAUUUGUCAGAAUGAUGUCACGAGAUUAAGAAAGAAGAAAUUGAUGAUAAUUUGAAGAGGCUAAAGAGAACAGAAAAAGAAAAGCAGCACAAACGCUAUCAAACAAGUAGCAUUGGGCCUCAUUUAUCAUGCUGGAUACGAACGGAUUUAUUCAUAAAUCAUUUGUGUGAGCUUUUACACAAGAAUUUUAGUAUUCAUAAAAAUCCCAUAAAUUCGGAAACACAUCCAUGU